AUGGUGGAGGAAUUGGCGGUCAUGUGUGACAGAAUAUCUCUUACUGAGGGGGAGAAGGAAGGAAUUACAAUUGUAGAAGGGGAGAUUAAGGAUCUUCGGCAGAAGGGUGAACGAUGCAUUGUUGGUAGGAUUGGUUCGGAGAAGCGAAUCAAUAAGGAAGCUUUUAUGGUGAUGAUAAGGAGGUUAUGGAAGAUUGUGGGAAAUAUUGUCUUUAAAGAAUUGCAAGAUAAUAUGUGGCUCUUUGAGUUCUCCAAAGUAGAAGAUAAGUGUAGGGUGCUUGAAGGGAGACCGUGGUUAUUUGAUCGCUAUAUACUGAUUUUGAAUGAAUUUGAUGGUAGUCCUCCAUCUCAGAUGGAUUUUUCCAAGUCGCCUUUUUGGAUUCAAAUUCAUGAUAUGCCUUUGGUCUGUAUGAAUGGCGGGGUUGGACGUAAAAUUGGAACUUCUCUGGGUGAGGUGUGGGAUGUGGAUGUAGCCGGUGAUGGGGUCGGUUGGGGAAGUUUCUUGUGGGUUCGGGUCCUACUUGAUUUAUUAAAACCGCUUGAAUGA